CGCGACUGGGGGCACUUGGGGGCACCGCGGGCGCGCCUUCUGCACGCUGCGCUCCCCCGACCCCCACUUGCUUGGCUCCAACCCCCGCUGGGUACCCUUCUCAUCCUCGGCGCCGCUACUCGCACCGCCUAACCAUGGGCGUGAACACAUUCUCCGCUGCCGCACAUAUAGCACCGGUUGCCAUCAAGACACUAGUCAAACAUGGCCGCAGGAAAGCCCAUAAACACAAGGACGGUGAAGCCAUAGAUGAAGCCACAGAUGACAUAUUCUUUGACGAGGGCUUUCACAUUGUCAAGGCCUUCAUAGAACUGGGUACACACAACGCUGUGGAGUCCCUGCAGGCCUUCACCAAUACGCACGUCCCCGCGCCACCCUGGGCUGCUGUUGCACCUGUUCAAAUACCACUCACUUCGUGCAACAAGGCAGCGGAUGUCCUCAUUGAUUGGUUCGGUCCUGAUGAUCUCAAGCGCGUCGUCGGCGGCGAGCGUUGGUGGCAAGUCAGAGGGCUCGACGGCAUCGACUCUGAAUGGAUCACCGAACACAAGUACCUCAGCAACGAUGAUUUGUCCACUAAUGAACAACUGUCGGAGACGGAGAAAUAUAUUCCGCGCAUGGAACAUCUCGAGAGUGUCAUGUUGUACGUACAUGGAGGUGCAUACUUCUGGGGAUCUGUCAACACACAUCGCUAUCAGAUCAUUCGCUAUGCUCGCAAAUUCAAGGGCCGAGCGUUCGCAGUGAACUAUCGGAAGGCGCCUCAGUAUCCAUGGCCAUGUCCCCUGCAUGACGUUCUCGCAGCCUACUUCUAUUUGACGGAUCCACCACCGGGCGCUCUGCACAAACCCGUCCAUCCGUCCAAAAUUGUGUUCGCAGGAGACUCUGCUGGCGGAGGGUUAUGCCUCACCGCUCUCACCGUUCUUCGGGACAUGGGAAUAACACAGCCGGCAGGUGCUGUCCUCAUCAGUCCGUGGAUUGACAUGACGCACAGCUUUCCCAGCGUUAUGCAGAGCACUGCAACAGACAUCAUCCCACCUUAUGGCUUCAUUCAUAAGCCGUCUCCAGCAUGGCCUAUACACUCAUUACCUGACGAGAACGGACGCGCUCGCGUCAUUCCCACUCAGACUAACGCCCCUCCACGACCUGGGCACGCGGAUACUUUGCAGCCCAGCAGAAGUCGGGUGGCUUCUCAAGCCGAUAAAAUCGCGGAGCAAGCCGCCGUGGAGUGUAAGCAGGUGCAGAGCAAGGACCUGAAAGACGACCAUGUCGGAAGCCAAGAAGAGAUGUUGAGGAAAGCUGAGGGAACACCGCCUGAGCCUAGUUCACCGGCUAAAGCUGACAGCCAAAGCGUCAAGCCUGAGUCACCCUUUGGGGCGCCAUCGAACGGCGUCAUGGAACCCAUCGUGGAUGAAGACGUGAACUCAGCUGCCGAAGACAAGGCUCCGAAGGGAGAAGGGAACAAGGAUCCUGAGGCGACUUCUCAGACAGAACGGGCCAAUGAUGGUCAAGACGAGUCUGGCCCCGAAUAUGAUGACUUCUGGGAGCCUAAGCCGCCAAAGGUACUCAUGGAUGACCCACAUGCAAGACCGCUAGAGCUCCGUUCCCAGAUCCAGCUCUAUGCUACGAACGAACAGCUUACACACCCGUUGGUGUCGCCCGUCCUGCAAGGCUCGCUCGGUAAUUUGUGCCCAUUGUACAUCAUUUGCGGCGAUGGAGAGGUCCUGAGGGAUGAGAUCAUAUACAUGGCACACAAAGCCGCGCAUCCGGAGGAAUACCCUGCCAGGGACGGGGUCCUCGGGGAAGGACGACGUCAGAAGGAGAAUGCAGAGCGGUUCAAGACACCGACGAAGGUCCACUUGCAAGUCUACGACGGCAUGUGUCACGUCUUGACUGUGUUCACGUUCAUACGAUGCGCCAAAUACGCGUAUAGCUCUAUCGCACAAUUCGUUCGGCAUGUCACGAAGCAGCCUCCAGAGCAUCUAGCACGAAACCCAUUCCCUGAAUUCCAUAUCCCCCCUGAGGAUCUCGACGAGUCCGAAGAUGAUAUGGAUCCACCGGAACGCCCGCCAGCCCAGCACGCUGUCAACGAUGGCGAGAAGGUUCUCAGGGGGAAGAGUCCCGUCGACGUGCCUUCUGGCCAAGAUGACUUCAGGAGCAACGAAAAGAGGGCGAAGGAGGAGGUCAAGGAGGGUGCAGCUGAGCAAUUACCGGCUGGCACGGAGAGUGAAUCGGUGAAGCAGAAUGGGUCAGAGGAGGACAUCCCCCGCGUCAGUAUGCUGAGAGAACGAGUCGAUAUAUUCGGCAAAGUAAGGCCCAUGGAGCCAAAGGAGGACAUCCCUGCCUUACAACUGAAGCCGCGGUCCAUCGGCAUCAUCAAGGAGGCUCCGGUGAAGAGGUGGCUUACGGGACAGGAAAUGUGGGACAAGAAGUAUAGACACAAGGCCGAGAAGGUAAUCAAGCGGAGACGCAAGUACGAGCAGAAAGCGGCGCGACUUCUUCGACAUGCGCAUGAGCAAGGGGUCAUACACGAUUCCCUCACGCGACCCAGCGCCGACCAUCGAAGUCACAGCCAUUUCUCGCUUGCGUCUGGUGCUUCUGGCACCAUUGUGUCAGAUCGUCGCUGGGGUCCCUUGGAUUUGCAGAACGAGACGCCUGCCCCCAGCGCCAUCGCAGGACGGCGCGAUACGGCUGAAGCAGUUGCUCUUCUCAAGAAGAACGUCUACCACACAGCGCCGGCCACGCAUAAGAUGGUCCCCAAGCUCAAGACAUCCGAUGUUGUCCGAGGGGCCUUCGAGAAGCAUGACUAUCCUCGCGAUCCGCCACCACAAUCCGCGUCUGAACAGCAGGUCUACCCGCCGAGCUCUCCGAUGCAUGGCCUGCGCAUUUGGCAAUCACUUGUGACUUAUUUCAUGCGAAAGAGUACUGAGAAGGCGGCUGCGAAGGCGGCUGAUGGUAAAAAGCAUGCGGCUUCAGCCAUCAAUGGCGCAGGAAAAACCCUUCAACUCAAGUCAUCGCAGUCCCAUCGUUGAUAGGAUUCUCCCAAUGUUUCCCUCAUCAUUGGACUUACACCACAGGCUACAUCACCAUUUCACUAAGUACUACGAUCACGGACUGGACAAUGCCAUCCUCUCAUUUUGUCCUCAUACCUCGUACUUGCCCAGUAUGUUAUGUUGUACUCCCCGGUAUUCUCAUCGAUAUGGCUGUCCUGGAAAGCGAAC